UUGCCAAAAAAGAAAGAUAAGAACUAAAGUGUUUGUGUCGACUUGUGUCGCUUGUUGGAAACUCCCACAAUUGAUCGAUUUCUCUAUCGUUGAAUCGACUUCUUUCGAGUUUCGAGUUUCAAGAUGGCAUUCUUCAUUAUCGUGAUCUCUCGAUUAUCUCGACUGCGAUUGGUUGAUUUUCUUUUCGUCUCUGUUUUGUUUUCUCACGUGUCGCCGGUCGCCGGUCGCUUUUGCGCGCUAAAAUUUGCGAUUUAAAGACACGAUUUUGACAACGGAUAUGUACAACGGGCAUGAAUAUUUGUCGUGCAUCAAAAUCCCCGCUGCAAAACAAGCCACGACGAAGAGUACGAACAAGCCCGAGAAGGCAGAACCGAUGGAUUUCACAGCUGAUCGUCGUGAUUUAAUAUCAGUGGCCAAUAAGGUCUUCGGAGAGGGCAAAUGGAAUCAUACAAUCAGCCAAAAUUUAGACUUCGUCGAUACAAUAGAUGCUCGAGAUAAGUGCUGUGCUGGCUGCGUCAGUUUCGUUAAGAUCCAGCUUGACAAUGGAAACUUUCACGAGGACGUUGGUUAUUAUGUUGCGGAGGAAUCUACAAAAGGCUUGUCAAUACAAAACGCCAGAAUUGGUUCCGCUGUAAAAACCUUUGAAAGAGUUCUCCUGUCGUUUGGAAACAAUAUUGAAAGAGAGCUGCAACAGCUGCGGAAACAGAUUAGUCCUGAACAAACUAACGACGUACAAAAGGAUGUGGCACAAUCAUUGGAUAAGCAGAUAUCCAAAAAAUCAAAUGUUUCUGUUAACAAGUCUGUGCUGCAGACAGAGUGUCUUAGCGAACCAAUUCCGAGGGAGUUUCUUACCCCCUUCUUAAAAGAAUCGGUUUCUAAUAAGUUUUCGCUAACAGAACAUACCAGUGAACCUGAAGCAAAUAAGAAUUCUGUAUCCUGCGUCUACCCCUUGCCAAAUAAAACAAAUACUACAACUGAACAGAAGCUGAAAUCAGUAACUUACAAUAAUGCACUCGUUUACGCGGAGAAGAGGCUGGAACAAAUAAAAAGAAAGGAGAGAACGGAAGAAUACUUGUACAUGUACGUCAAUGUCCAUCUCGAGGAUAGCUUUGACGAUCACCAAGGAAAUGAUCUCUACGACCCAGUGGAGAGGGACCACGUUAAAAACCCUCAUAGAGAGCCUUUGCGAGAAAUGGAAGAGAAUCAAGGAAAGAAUUCUGCAGUGGCAUUAGGAGAAGUUGAUGAGGCAACACCGACGGAUCUGAAGCCUUCUUCUCUCGCAAAAAUAAACACCGAAAAAAUGCAUAGACACGAGUGUAUUAUACAUCCGACUUCCGCGGCCCUGUUAUCAGUGAAACUGGUAGCUCCGGCGAAAGAAGUGGGUCCGAGCAACGUUGGGCUCAUGGGAGCACCCGACUCCAAAGACACCGUUGCUUUUCCUGGGUGCAAGACAUAUAGUCAGAUGAGUUACGGUUGUCUGAGUCGCUCGUACCUCGUAUCGGUAAUCUCUAUGCCUCCUUUCUCUAAACAAAAAGUCCCGACAACGACCAACUUACGGGCACGAUACAAUAAUGUAGGUCCAAGCUCCGGCCUAGAAGUAACUGAAAAACAUGCUUCAACGAUAACAGAACUUAUCACCGUGUCCUCAAUGGCAGCGAUUGAUUCACCGACAUCAGAGAAUCCGAUCAUAAAAGGUUCUUCAUGGAUAAAGAGUUCCAUGAUACCAGUCAGCAAGGUAACAAUCAACCAAAUGCCUGCUACUGCAAUAUCUGAGAGAAUUCCAUUCUCCCCAGAAUACUUAGCUAUGAGAGAAAAAUUGAGUGCUACCCACGCUCCUGAUGGGGCUUCUAUCCUCAGUUUGGCAAAGUGGUUGAACACCACCACCGAUACUGCUUGUGAACAGGCAGCACUAUUAAGAUUAACGUGUAUGGGACUGAGUCUGGAACCCGAUUUGUAUAGGACUGACCCAGUCGUUGCUCAGUUUGUGAGAAGAGUGUCAACCACCCAGAGUUUGGGAAUCGAAUUGCGACCAUUCACCAUAAACAAUGAGUAUUUUGUGUCUGCCGCCCCUUUGGACAUAGCGUUAGCAAUAGCGUUAAAUAAAAUUGAUCCAUUCCCACGUUGGGGCUAUACUGGAUUAGAUAGCGAAUGGGCUAUGGUACCGGUCCGUCGUGAAAUGUUGGGUAGAUGGUCCCUCGCCCCUUAUGUGGCGUCCUUCAUGCAUUCACAGCUUUGGGCGGGGGAUGUGAACUGGACCCAUGAAUGCACGUGGUUGGGCACCGAUUGGGUUCCUUACAGGAAGGGCUUUGUAGCUACUAUGCCCAAAAUAAAUUCCGUGCAUAUACCCGGACCGAAAAGAAUAAUGUUGGUCUUGAUGGACUGUAACUCCAGCAAUGCUCCAAAAUCGGUUCUUCUUGGAACCACUUACGUACCCGUGAUAACGCGCGGAGAUGAGCCAAAUGCUGAUGUCGAUUUCGUCCAAGGUGUGUGGGCGGGCUGGUUUACAGUACAGAAUAUAGAUAACGUAAGAGCCGCAAUUGCUGAUGCCAUGCAAGUUAUGUUGAAUGAAAUGUGCACUGAUACUGUUCCUGGAUCGGUGCUGGCUCUGGCGUCUGAGCUGUAUGGCAGAUGGGGGUUUGGUCUCCACUCUCAACGUGACAUAGAGCGUGACUAUCUCAAAAAGCCGUUUUCGGGAGCGUGGGCUUUUUCCGGUUCACAGUCGGGAUCUUACCCAAAUACCAUUGACAAAAGGAAUGGAAAAGUGAUGGCCAAUGCAUAUACACCAAACGAAACAGAUGGCACCAAGUGGAUCGUAGAUUCCGAUACCUUACUAGAUAAUAUGUUGACCGCAUUUGGCUUUUGUCAACACUCUCCAGUGCAUCGUCUCUCUUCUGGAGGAGUGAAGGGUACGGGAUCCUAUGAGAUGCAUACUAUUGAUGUGGACGGCACUAAGUGGAACAUAUUGGGCAAUCCCACUUGUUUCUGGAUAAAUGAAGAACCAGCCGGUGGCCCCGCAUAUAAUGUUUCAACAUGCAGCAGUAUGAUGCGUUUGUGCAUAGGAGUGGGACUCGUAACUGCAAGCAACGGUGGUUACAGUUUUACAUCAAUGGCCGGAAUGGGCACUUGGAUCCACAUGAAUGCUGUCGCAUUGUCGGCUGAUUCGGUUUUAUUUCUACUAAAGAACGAGAUAGAUUUAAAAUCAUGGUUUGGGUUUGUCCCGGAAUUCUUACAACAUACCAACAUGAGAAGUUUAUAUUCUAGUUUGUUGCGAGAAAUAGGCCACAAGAUGUACAAUUGGUUAGAACCAAUUGGAUUUAAGAUCGAUGAUAUGUACUGGCGCUGGGAUGAUAUUUUUUUUUUCUACUUGCGUAUGCCCAACUCGACGUAUGAUUUUCUGCGUUAUAGUGGUGUUCCAUCAUCACUCACAUUGCAAUGGAACACCAAAUGUGCCAUGGCUGAUAAUACACCUGCGCAAGACAUCAAGAUUGUCGUCACAGAUUCCGGAGUCACCUUCUACGGUAAUCCAAUCGUCUUUGGAAACGGUGUAACCAAGCUGAUAUAUUCAAUGACUACGGAUAUACUUAGAUAUUCUCCAAGAAUAUUGAUUCGCCCGUUGGGUGCGCGGAAUAUGCUCAUGGGCGUGAACGUGGAAAGCUGGGGCAGCCUGAGCACUGGCAGAGAGUACAAUCCGACCGACACUCAGUAUUUCCAAUCAAACACGUUACUGUAUUGCUGUAGAUAUCCGCAGGCGGUGUGUGCUGGUGACAACGAGAUGUGGACCACGGGCGCUAUGGCAGCGCUAAAGGGAGCUGAUGCUUAUUCACAUCGCAUCUCAGCCAUUCAAUAUCCUGACUCUGAUACAGCGGAUAGUUUUUUACAGAAAGCUCUCGGCGUGUUGGCCGCCCCUGUAGUAGCAGGUUACAAAGCAUACACGACGAAGGGCCCAGUAGCAGCACUGACGGCGGCCAGUGGCAAACUAGCGGAAAUAGCUGGCAAGGAAAUUCAGGACCUUCCUCCAGGUGGAAACGCUGGGAUGGUGGGUCAACCAAGAGACACAGCCUUGGCUUGACCUGGAACACGUCAACAAAGCGCCAAAGCGCUCUCGUAUCAACUAAUAAAGACCAUUAAGAUUUACAAUUAAAUUUCCACCACACGAAGAAAUUAAAUUAGGCAGCCACUCAUAAUAAUUUAUACGAUUCUGUAUAGUAAGAGAGCGUUGUCAGAUAUAUUGAAGGUUGGAAAAAUGCGUUCAAUGUAUUCGUUUCUUCAGCCAGAUUACACAUACGCGAGUUCCUCAAUUCGAAUUUGUAAAGAUUUUACGUAAUGGCCCGAUAGCUUAUUUUGACGUCACUCAGUAUGGAUUUUCGCCUAGACUUCGAAAACGAUUUGAUUACAAAAUGCACGUAUAUUGUAUCUAAUAUUAUUGUCUGAUAAUUAUCUCUAAUAAACUAUUUCUUUCUUUCGUAA